AUGUUGUUGAACCUAGUUUCUAACGCUAAUCCUCAAUUUGCUGUCUCUGAAUUCAUUGACAAGGAAACAAAAACUUGGAAUGUAGAGUUAGUCAAUGCCUAUUUUACACAACAGAAUGCCAGUAAUAUAUUCAACAUUAGGAUCCCUUUAUCUGGUUGUGAUAGAAUUAUCUGGCCUCAUACUAAGAAUGGCUUGUUUACUAUUAAAUCGGCCUACAAAAACAUCUCUGGACAAAAUAUCCAUAUGAACAAUUCUCAGAGUAGUAAUCCUGUUUAUAAAUCCCUGUGGAGGCUUCCUAUCUUGCCUAAGGUACAUCUUUUUGUCUGGAAAUGCCAUGAAAACAUUCUUCCAGCAAAAACUGUUCUUGCUAGAUUUAGCAAUGGUCAUGAUACAUCUUAUAACAUCUUUAAAUCUGGUACCUCUGAAUCACCUGAACACAUUAUUCUGCACUGUGAUUUUUCUAAGUCUGUUUGGGCUCUAACCCCUUAUGCAGAUGUUAUCGAACAAGACAGUACUUCAAAUAUUAAUUUGCAGGAAUGGGUCACAAAAUGGCUCACACAUGAUGCACUAAAAAAGAAUGCAGGGGUUGUUUUUUCAGUUGCUUGGAGCAUUUGGAAAGAUAGAUGUUCUAAUACUUUUCGGGGGAAAAAUCUUAAUCACCAUUCAACUGCUAGAAUUUCUCUCAAGCUAGUUAAUGAUACAGAAUUAUAUCUAAAUGGUUUUGACACCCAUGCUCUAGUUAGAACAGAAUUUACUGUUGAUAAAACCAUUGAUCAUGUCACUUGCUCUUUUCCUUUUAACUGUCAUAUAAUUUUUAGUGAUGCUGCCUAUGAUAAAGAUAAUAACCUAUCUGGUAUUGGUUUGGUUUUGACUGACCUUGCAGGCUCAUUCCUUGGAUGCAAACUCAAAGAUGGGAAUGUAAGGAAUGCUGAGGAAGCUGAAAGUAUGGCCUUAUUUGAAGCAGUGAAGUGGGCUAAAGCUAAAGGCCUGGAUAAAGUAUGCUUUGUGAGUGAUGCUAAAAUAGUUAUAGAAUAUUUUAAUUCAAGUAAUAACCAAUUGAAUUGGUAUAAUAAGACAGUCAUAGAUGACUGUAAAACAAUUAUUCCCUGUUUAGUUUAG